GCGGGCGUGGUUGGGGGGAGGGGUCGCUCUAUCCCUCCGCCGGGGUCUCGGUGGUGGGAGGCGGCCGCUCUGCCGUCGUCUCUAUGGUCGGCGGCACGGGAUGCGGGCUGGUACCGGCACCGCGGCGGAGGCAGUGUUGAGCUGACUCUUUCCUGGCAUGUAGGAGGCAAUAAAGGCGUCUUUGUGGUGUGGGGUUUCAUGGCUGAGAAGUGCCUGCCAUUCACACAGGAAUCUCCAUAACACAGCACAGAGUGAUUCCUCUACAGGAAAGAGAGCAGCAGCAGUAUGGAAGGUCCUCUUUUAGUGGAACUGGUGUAUUUCCACUGAGCAGGGGGUAUUUGGCGUCCCCUGUACAGCAUGGAGCCCAUUUUCAUGGAGCUGUCAGCAUGCUGUCAUGCAAGACAUGAAGAAGGCAGUGAUUGGAAGGUUGGGGCUAGAUUGUGCAGAAAAGGGAGGCGGUGUGGUUCCCUGCCACCUUGGAGAGGGAUGAGCUCCGCCGGAUACCAGAGUACGUGGAGCCAGAGCACUCCAAGCCCGCACCCCAGAGGGUCAGGUGCUGGACAGGAAGUAUAAGAGCCAAACCCCAGAGCUCACUUGAGAGGCAGCCGCUGGAGAGGCCAGACGCCUCUGGCCCAGUUCCUGCUGGGGAAACUCCAGCAACCAGCGACGGACUUGGAGACUGGCCUGAUCGGCCAAUACUUGAUGCAGAUCAGUGCGUGGGAGAGUCGCUGAGCCUACCUGUUGCCAGCUACCCCAAGGAUCCAAUGGUGAUCGACCCCUGCCCUGAGGACACCACCUUGACCCAGGGUGAGUCAUGUGAUGUUUGCCUUCCAACAAUCACUGUACCAGAACUCCAUGAAUUCCAAAGCAACAGGAGGCUCAGCAGCCUUUGAUAUCUCCCAGCUUCCUGCCUUAUUGUGACAUUCCUUCUGGGUCCUUUAUUUUCACCCAUCUGAGGUGUAUGGUGAAAGAGCUGCAUCAGGAAAAUUGCUGAGAGAGCGGCUUGCAUACGAGGGAGGGCCAUGGGCUUGAGCUCAGCCAUCCUUCACCUUUCCUACAAGUUCAGGCUGCUGCUGAUCUUCAUCUUCUGCAUAAUGGUGGUGGCAUGGGCCACCUCCAGUUACCUUGUGGACACUGUACAGGAGACUCCCAAAGCAAAGAGCUUGGUGGAGAAUUUCAGGAAUGCAACCAUGCUGGAGAAGGAGAAUCAGAAAAAGAAGUCCAUGUCAACUGUAGAAGAAGUUCCCACAGUGAAGUCUACCGUGAGUCACUGCCCUGCUCUCUCUCCCUACCUGCAGGGCCCCAGCAAGCUCAAGUUCAAAGCAUCUCUCACAUUCGAAGAGGUACGGAAGGAGAAUCCUCAGGUGGCAAAAGGCCGGCAUCGCCCUGCAGAGUGCUCAGCACUGCAACGAGUGGCCAUCCUGAUCCCACACCGCAAUCGAGAGAAGCACCUGUUGUACCUGCUGGAGCACCUCCACCCAUUCCUACAGAGACAGCAACUGGACUAUGGUAUCUAUGUCAUCCACCAGGCUGGCAAUACCAAGUUUAACCGAGCUAAACUGCUGAAUGUAGGAUACUUGGAGGCCCUGAAGGAGGAAAACUGGGACUGUUUCAUUUUCCAUGAUGUGGACCUGGUGCCAGAGAAUGACUUUAACAUGUACACGUGUGACAAACAACCAAAGCACCUUGUAGUUGGCAGGAACAACACUGGGUACAGGUUGCGUUACCAGGGAUAUUUUGGGGGAGUAACUGUUCUAACAAGGGAUCAGUUUUCGAAGGUGAAUGGAUUCUCUAACAAUUACUGGGGCUGGGGUGGAGAAGAUGACGACCUCCGAAUCAGGGUUGAGAUGCAGAAGAUGCGGGUGAUACGGCCAUCCCCUGCUGUAGGAAAGUACACUAUGAUCUUCCACACAAGAGACAGAGGGAAUGAGGUGAAUGGAGAAAGGAUGAAACUUUUGCGGCAGGUGUCCCAAGUGUGGAAAACAGAUGGGCUGAACUCCUGUUCCUAUAAACUGCUCUCAGUGGAGCACAACCCUUUGUACACUAAUGUCACAGUAGAUUUCAGCGUGCCACCCAAGAUCUUGUAACAUUGUUUCCUGUAGAUUCUAGAAGACGGAAAUAGAUCUUCCUCUUGCGGUAGCUGCUGCAGUGACUGGAAAGGCAGCGUUCUGCCUGAAGGGGUCCCCCUGCAGCACAGAGACAAUGCAGAGGAAAUAGCUUCUUUCAUCCUUUCUAAUUAUUUGGUUACAAAUUUGUUUUGUGGCAGCGCUGUGCGUUAAGCUGGAGACCUGAACUGCCUGAGUGGAUAUGUCACCGUGCCUGUUAGUUUGUUUUCACUGGGAUAUUUAGAAAGUCUACUUGUUCGGGCUGUUGGCUUUUCAUUGGCCUUGUUGGGAGCUUGAACUACACCCACUGAAAGCUUCAGCUCCAGUAGCUGUUUCCAAACCUUCUGCCAUUAGAGAGCAGGACACAGGAGCCAACAUUGCCGUGUUUUCUAAAGGAGUGAGACUGUUAUCAUACAAAGCACAAGAAUAUUUUAUAGCCUAAAGUCUUGUUUAGAAAGGCUGAUUUGAUCUCAGCCUGGGUAAAUAAGGAAAGGGAGAGGGAAGUAAUCAUGUUAACUGCAGCCACGUUGAAGAGAAUUUAAAAACUCUCAAUAAAAUACAACCCAUUUCACUCCAAA